UCCAACUGCACAGACUGACGUACAAAAAGAGAAAGAAAUCUCUUUUUUACAAAACUUGAACUAUGAUGGUAAAUCGAUCAAAGGGGCUUUACAACAAUUUGUCGCCAGCAAGCUUUUAUCGGAUCAUUUGUCAUCUAUUGAAGAAGAGGCCAUCAAAUUACACCUUUCGGGGAUCGUCAACCUCAUUCAUUCCGAUAUGUCGAAGGUCAUCCUGUCGUCCUUGCCCGACCAUUUGAAAACCAAACUUGAUUACAUCCCCAAGAUUUCUCAACUGGACCCUGAUACUUUGGGGUAUAUCGAACGAAUUCUUGACUUUCACUCAGAUGUUGAUGGUAUUCUCGAAUAUAUUAUGGUAACAAAGGCGGCACUGAUCCGUGGCCACAAACGAAAUACACAGCAAUAUACCAACCUGACCAUUAUCGAACAAAUGGUGAACAAUCUAUGUCUUUGGUCGGAGAAACGUGAUGAAAGUGAAGCAACAUUCUACCGGCGGUUCGCUUCGAUUCUAGAUACCUUGCUGGCGGAUACUGGCGUGAUCCUUGCUGACGGUGAAACAAGUUUACAGUCAUCGAAGGUGGCUAUCGCAAUGAACAAGGCAAUAUUCCACACCAGUGAUAUGUCCCAAGCUUAUGGUCGAAAGAUUGAUAUGAUCUUGAAAUGCUCAUCUAAUGUCAAGGUGGAUAUUUCUAGCAACGAAUGGAAAAGGGCCAUGACCAGCAAAUCGAUCAAACUUCACCAGCAAUCGAAAAAUCUACGCUUGAACACUUCUAACCUAUUCAGUCUCAACACCAGGUUUGGAAUGAAAUUCACUGUUGCAAUGGACUUUGUGGGAAAUUCUGGAUACCUGUACCUUCUGCGACUUGUUGAUGAUGGUCUUGGUCUUGAUGAUUAUAUCUCUGUCGCUCAUUUGGUUACUGAUUUAGUCGUCCCUACAACCAUUGAAUCGUUAGGCACAGUGAAAGAUACUCUGCGUGGUCUGCUUACUCUGAAGGUAAGAUUUUGUUUAACAAAAGGAAAAAAUGCUAAAGACUGACAUGGAUUGCGCGAAUUUUUUCCAUAGGAACAUCUUGUCAGCAUUGCUUGGAAAGUCAGAUCGGAACUCAAUAAACUUGAACAUGCUUCUAUUUUGGAGGACAUUUGCCCAACGCCACCGACCAGUUCAUCCCACUCCAAGUCACCAUUUAUAUUUUUUUCACCAAGGAACAACCGUGUACAGAAGCGCAGACUUUU